CGUGGCGUACGCAGGACGGCCCGCUCGUUGCGUUCGAAUUGUGCGAAUACACUCCCGGUCGUGCAGUGCUUAAGGGUGUGUGUGUGUGUGUACGUACGUGUGUGUGUGUGUUUGUGUCUGUAUCGAAGCAUUUCUAUUGCUGUGUGCGAGCGUGCGGUCUAAGGCAUUUGGUGGCCAGUGCCAUUAACCAGUCACCAUGGCCGAAGGAUAGUGCCGCUUAUCGGUUCAUCAGCACGGGUGCGUGUUUGCAAAGCGUUCCAAUGCUACGUGCUGUAUUGUGCAGGGAAAUUAAAAUCAUCCGACUAAAAAACUCUCCACAAACAAUCAGCCAACCGCGUUGGUGUGGUGAAACCAUUAUGAACGUGUUCGUGUAUUGCAGAGAGACAAUUGAGGAGAGUGAAUAUUAGUGAAAUACGGUGAGUGUUAGAGUGUAGUGAAUUUGUGUGAAUUCAGAUUCGUGAAAAGCAGCCGUUGUGAAUUUCAUUGUUGUCACAUACUGUGUGUUGUUUCGGUGAAUUGCUGUGCAUUAGUGAGCCUGUGUGUGAGAUUGUGUACCAUAAGUGAGGUCUGCGAAUAGAAAAGCUGGCAAGAAUUAAUGUGCGUAUACGCUAAUAGCAGAUUAUAGCAGUGCUUUUGAAGGUAAAAUCCAAUCCAGUUAACGAUGUGGCUGUUUGGAUUUAUGUUGAUCGCCAUCGUGUGUGCCGCCAAGUGCACGGAGGCAGACAUUUCGGUGGAGGCAGCAUUUCAAGGACGUUGUGGCCACGGGAGUCCUUGUGAGCAAUUGUGCUACGAGCUGCACGAUGGCAUGUACGAGUGCGACUGCUCGGAGGGAUUCGAGCUGAACAAAAAUGGCUAUAGUUGCCAAGAAAUCAAUUCUACCUCCAGCGACGAUAACGCAUCGAACGGUGAGGAGGAUGUCCUUUAUCAGCGUGGUGCAUCGUUCAGCGCCAAACUCGACAUAUCCGAUCUGCACAUAUCGAUGAAAUCGUUCGACGAUGACGAUGGAGCCGAAGAAGCGAAAACAACGUCGGGCGGUAGCGGAGGCCGGCAGGGAGCGGUCACCAAAGCGCGACCCCCAUCGAGCGCGAACCCGAACAGCAUCAACGCGAAGAGCGAUGAAUUAGCGCGAAGAAAGGCAAACCGUAAUUGGAAACUCGAACCGUCCUCGAAGCAAUCGGCGAAUGCGAAUGAGGGCCGCGCCCGCUCGUCAAGCCGCAAGGAAAAAUCCAUCCAAAAGAUGGCCUGCCCGCGCGUGACGGCGUACGGUGAUGGCAUGCGGCAUGAUCAGCGGCAGCAGCAGCACCAGCAGCAGCAUCCGAAGACUUCCGCUUCCGGCAGUGACCGGCGAAAGUUUAACGCAACAUCCGCUGGCAGAAAGGGACCGGGUACGGGCGUUGAUGAUACUGGCACUGGCAGCAGCAAUAUGCCACUGGCGAGUGAUAUGGAAAUCAGUGGCAUAUCAUUACACUCGCCCCUUUCCGGUGAAGACCGAGGUCGGUGGCAGCGAGCCGGUGUGCCGGAUAUGGCAGUGUCAUCGGCGUCAGCUGCACUGCUGGCGGUUGACGAGGACGAUGAUGAUGAUGACGACGGUGCAUCGGAAAUAAGGGCCCUACCGUUGUUGGCUGGCUCGCAGGAGGACGAGGGAAUGCAGCAGACACAGCGAGAAGGGAAAUUACCUCCGGAGGCGAUGGGGCGCGGUGUCGUGAGUCCCCACGAGCCCAUCAUGCAGGGCGUCAGCGGUGACGGUUUGGCAAUGUCAGCCGAGCUUCGCACUAAUGCAACACAGCAAACAGCAGAAGGUGCUGCGAUAAGCCAACCGUGCACACUUGAUUGCGGCUCUGAAGGUACCUGUUACAUUUCGCCGGAAGGAUCGUCGUCACUGAUGCGUUGUCUGUGUGCUUUCGGCAAGACAGGGCAGCGCUGCGAAGAAGAUGCAAAAGUGAACACUCCAAGAUUUAGUAAACAUUCGUGGGUUGCAUUUCCAGCGCUCAGAGGAGCUUACAAACAUGUUCAGCUACACAUGGAGUUUCGACCGGAAUCGUUUGAUGGAAUUUUACUACUGACCGGCGAGCGAGACGAUUUGACGGGCGACUUUAUGGCUCUGCUGCUGCACCAAGGGUUCGUCGAGUUCUGGUUCGAUUGUGGAUCUGGAAUGGGUCGCGUCAAGUCAGAGGAAACGAUCGUCCUUAACCAGUGGAACACUAUUACCAUCUAUCGGCACCGGUGGGACGCGUGGCUCGUACUGAACCAAGGCAACCGAGUGCAGGGACGCUCCAAGGGCCUGUUUUCGCGUAUCACUUUCCGGGAGCCAGUUUUCCUCGGCGGGUACGGCAACAUCACUGGCCUGGACCGGAAGCUUCCCGUCAGCACCGGUUUCACCGGAUGUAUACGAAAGUUUGUCGCUAAUGAUCACGAUUACAACUUCCAGCAGGGCUCACUCGGCGACGUGUCACAUGGAUUCGAUAUACAGGAAUGCAUAACCGAUCGGUGCAGUCGCUAUCCCUGCCAACACGGCGGUAAAUGUCUGCCGUCGGAUGACGGUGCCAUCUGUCUCUGUCCGCUGGGAUUUGGCGGUGAUUUAUGCGAGAUGCGACUGGAUUUACAGGUGCCUUCAUUCAACGGAUCUUCUUAUCUACGAUAUGCUCCACUGGGCGAUAGCUGCAUUAUUUGGUUCGAGCUUAAGAUCAUCAUCAAGCCGCUGCUAGAGGACGGGCUGCUGCUGUACAGCGGGCACCACGAGUAUGGUGAUUACAUUUCGCUCUGCCUCAACAUGGGCCACGUCGAGUUCACGUACGAUCUGGGCAGCGGGCCAGCAACCGUCAGGAGCGAGUUCCCGCUCUCCAUGGGACAGUGGCAUACGAUAAAAGUGUCCCGAACGUCACGGUUGGCCGUGCUGAAGAUCGAUCAGCUGCCGGAAGUGAUGACGGUGUCGCCGAACGGGUUCUGGCAUCUUUCCCUGCCACACAGCCUUUAUCUUGGCGGCAUCCACAAUGUACACACGCUGCCAACGAGCCUGCGGGAUAAAGGAUCAUUCGCCGGGUGCAUUCAGAAGGUCGAUAUCAACGAUCGCACUAUUGCUAUCAUUUCGGAGGCACUCGGUGGAUCGAACGUGGAAAACUGUCCGCAUGCGUGCGUUGCCCGACCGUGCGGUCCACUUGCCAAGUGCGUCCCGAAUCUCGACACCUACGAAUGCCAAUGCAACCCGCAGAACCGCCAGUGCAACAAAGCCGAGGAGCUGCCAUCGGAAGUAAUUGAAAAGCAGCAGCGGCUGCUGAAGCGCAAACAGCAAGAACAGGCAGUCGCACCGCCAUCGUCUCGCCCGACGGUAGCAUCCGAGCCGACGCAGCCGUUAACGACUCCCCUGGGAAGCUCAAUCUCGACGACGCAAGCUCCACCACCGGAAGACAGUACUUUGCCGCAUGAUAAUAAUCCGGCGGAUGUCGGCGACGGUAGCUCGGAGGAAAGUGACGAGGGAUACAACGACUACUACCAGAGUGACGACGGGGAUGAUGACGGCGACGAUGAUGAUGAUGAUGACGGCAGCUUCGGCACGCAGGGUAUGAGCUCCGGGAACGGUUACAAUCAACCGAGGAAUCGUCGCAGAUGGAACCGGUAUCAAUCGGCUGCGGGUGAAAUAAAAACUGCUCCACCAGCAGCAUCCACGGCUAAUGAGGCUGAUAAACAACAGUCGCACGUGAACGGAGCAGCAGAAACAUCCUCGACGGUAGCUAGCCCGGCUGCAUCCACCGUUGCUAAUGAAAAGAUAAUCGUUUGGAUCGAUCAGCAGAAAUCAAAGGACUCAUUUUCCACGCAAUCGAAUGAUUACGCAGAUUACGGCGGUGGGGAGAUAGCGAUGGUUGAAAAUGGCAUGGAAUCUGCUGCUGUGGAUGAACGGCCGCAGCACGUCGAGCUCAAGGGUGCGGAGGUCAGGAAGGAUGAGUUUUCCGAGGGUCGACGAUCCGGGGUUUAUGAUGCGAGCACCGGAACGAUGGUGGGUAAUGACCGAAAAAUGACGAUGGUGAUGAAGGCAAACGAUGCAGGCGAAGGUGAUGGAGCGGGUGACAUGAUGCCGGUUGAGCAUGGGGACGAAGAUGAUGAUGAUGAUGACGAUGGCGACGACGAUGAUGCGACACGGAGCAACCACAGACCGCAGGUGGAUGUGAGUGAAGAGUCUUCACCCAAGCAUGGCAAGACGGUGAAGGAUCCGGCGAACAUUGCCCAUCGGUUGCGGCGGCCGGAAGCAACGCCGGAGACGUUGCCGGCCAGCAAUAAGGAUACGGGCAGCGAUGAACCGUCGUCAUCUUUCGCUGACAGCGAAGACCACCACGACGACGACAAUGACGACAGUAAUAGCGCUGACGAUGUAGCUGCUUACGAUGGCGAUGGGUACGGUAAAGAUUACGACCAGCAUGGCGACCGGAUACCGUACCGUCCCGAUUUUCUGCUUCACCGAAAGCAGGGAAGCUCCUGGCGCAGUCGGGGGAACAGACAGAACCGGCCGGGACAGCAGGGAAAGCAAACCGAGCCCGAGAUCGAUGAGACACUGAUCGAGGAGAUGAACCGGAUUAUGAAAAAUCAUAAUGACAACGACAACGACGCGGAUGAGACACUGGAUGCCAGCUUUUGGGGUGUCGGACCAUCGUCAGACGGGUAUGGUGAGCCGUCCCUUACGCAGCGCGAGUACGAGCUGACCGAGACGGACGCGGAGGAGACUCACGACGAGGGUGCACAUCACCAUCAACAUCACGACCACCGUGCUCCGAGCCAUCACCGCCGUCGGAAUGGGGUUGAGCAGGAGGACGAUGGCGACCAGCACGAAUCAAAGGACACCGGUCUACGGAACCGAUAUGCGGCGCGCGGGCAGCAACCACACCAACAGGACAGUCAAUCAGAUCACCGUCAGCGCCAGCAACAGCAGCAGCAACAGCAUCAACAGCAGCCACAGAAACCACAGGCAGACCCGCGAAAUGACGAGGAUGACAUCCUUCGCAGCAUCAAGUACAAAAACAAAUACUUCCGCAAGUAUCAGGGCGCGUGUUUUACCGGCACGGACAGCUACUUUCACUACAGCGACGCCGAAACGAUGCGGCGUGUCAUUAGCUACGAGAUUGAUUUGAAUCUCCGCUUUAAAACGCACUCGGCGAACGGGCUAAUCCUCUGGACCGGUCGGCACAGUGCCCUCGAGGGUGACGACUUUUUGUCGCUGGGCAUCGAAAAUGGAUAUCUACAUCUUCGAUACAACCUCGGGUCGGGUGAAAUUAACAUCAAAUAUAACUCGACCAAAGUCAGUGACGGGCUUUGGCAUCGUGUGCGGGCGUUAAGGAACUCGCAGGACGGUACGCUGAAGGUUGACGGUGGUAAGCCAAUCACCAGAAGAUCUCCCGGCAAGCUAAGGCAGCUCAACACGGACACUGGGCUCUAUGUCGGUGGACUGCCGGCGGCGGCUCAUUACACCCGCCAGAGGUACCGGACCGGCAUGGUGGGCUGCAUCUCGGAGCUCAUCCUGGCCGGCGAGCUGCGGUUGAACUUUGACGCGACGAUACUGGGCACGGCACACAACGUCGAGCCGGGCGCUCCGUGAAGGUAGAUGCCCCCGGUGCCUACCGUCCGUCCGUAGAACGCUCCCCGGGCGCCACGCUGCACAGCAUAACCUGCCCCAAAAGAGGGGCGGGUAGUAGGUGGGAAUGAUUGCACCAAAGAAUAGAUUAUAGGCUAAACAAAACGGUAAGAAGCAAACACACAUACACACUCAUCGCUAACAAAGAUAGGCUAAUAACACUACAAUAAAACACAACCAAAGCGAGUAAUAAAACGGUUAAAUGGAAAAGAAAUAUAUAACAAACGCCCGUCUACAGAAACCGGCAGCGGUAACCAAACACAUACACAAAAUGUGUACAAAACACACACACACACACGAACACGCAAACGUCCAUUCAGAAAGAGAAAAUAUCGUGUGUUGAGUAGCUAAUUUCUCAGUGUAUGUAUAGAAACAAGCGGAAUCAUAUUUAUUAACGAAGAAAACAGAAAAAACACAUAAAACACACUGUAAAAUGAAGCAUAGGACACAAACAAUGCAAGGGUAGCCGGAAAAAGAAAAAAAAAGUAUGGAAAGAGAGGGAAGAAACAAACAAAAACAACUACAGUAAGCAUCAAAAAUAAGGAUGAUAAGGUGAACCAUGUGUAUGAAAAAAACGGGAAUGAAUGUGGAAAAGAGAAUAUUAAACAAACAAAACUUUAAAUCAAGGA